AUGCUCAAAGGUUCAACUUCAAUUAUUGUACAGUCGAGGAAGCUUGUGACCACUUUUGCGCGGACACAGCACGCCGACAAUAUUCCCCCAGUGAAGAUCAAUCAAUCCCCCGAGAAACCUAUUCCAGUUCCAUCCAGUAUACCAAUCGGACGAAUACCGCGACCAAUGUCGGCAUCUCGGAGAGUCAGAGAGCAAACCCCAGAAGGAACGGGGCUUUCUAAACCACCUUCUACAGCUACGGGAAUGUUUCCUUUAGGUUAUAAAGAAGCUGCAUCUCAAUGGUGGAACAGCGUAACGCCUACGAUCGCUGAACGUAACGUGAUAUCAUGCAUUCCGUAUCUUCGAGAAGCCAUCGCGUCAGGUACGAGCUCUGCGACAGAUAUCCCGUCGGCGGAACAUCCUGGUGAGGCUCAGACAUCGACGAAAAUCGAUCCCUACGGGCCAAGAAUAUGGAAGUCAACAAUGGUAAAGUUGUCUGGCAAAAAUAGAAGCCUAAAUGAGUUCUCUGUGGAACGUGUCGGAGAACCCGUUGAUGACACGCUCGUUAUGCUUCACGGAUAUGGAGCCGGGCUAGGCUUCUACUACAAAAACUUCGAGAAUCUUAGUCGUGCCAAAGGCUGGAAGCUCUAUGCGCUGGAUUGGCUAGGAAUGGGCAACUCCGCAAGACCACCGUUCAGGGUCUGUGCAAAAGAUCCAGCGGCAAAGAUCACAGAAGCGGAGAAUUGGUUCAUAGAUGCGCUGGAGGAAUGGAGGAAGAUUCGAAAGAUUGAGAAAUUUACUCUUCUUGGUCAUUCUUUAGGUGGCUACUUGAGCGUUUCCUAUGCGCUCAAAUAUCCUGGUCACGUAAAUAAGCUCAUCCUCGCCUCUCCGGUCGGUAUACCUGAAGAUCCCUAUGCUGUGAAUGCCGACAUGCCAGAGCCAAUGGAGUCGACGUUCCAAGACGAGUUUACCAUGGAUCAGCAAUCAACAACAGAAAGCCACAAUAUCGAUGGUCUUAAUGGUAAUAAGAAGGUGCAACAGCAGGAAGCUAAGAAACGACCGUAUCCUUCAUGGUUAGUCUGGUUAUGGGACGCCAACGUGUCACCGUUUAGUAUUGUACGAUUGGCGGGACCGCUAGGACCACGACUUGCUUCAGGUUGGACCUCUCGUCGGUUCAACCAUCUUACUUCGGAAGAGAAGCAGACGCUCCACGACUACGCAUACUCGAUUUUUAGGCAAAGGGGAAGUGGUGAAUACGUGCUACCUUAUCUCCUCGCCCCUGGCGCGCAUGCGCGACGACCAGUCAUCAAUCGAGUCCAUCGUGUAGGUAGACAAGUCAUCACCCCUGCAACCGAGACGGAACCGGCCGUAAAAGAAACGGGAUUUCCGAUCGUUUUCAUGUACGGGGAAAACGACUGGAUGGAUGUAGCAGGUGGUCUUGCGGCAGAGGAGAAGCUCAAGGAAGCGAAAGCUAAGAUAUUAUUAAACGCCACCGAAGAAGAGAGGAAGAAAGAAAAAGGCGAUGCAAAAGUUAUCAUCGUUCGCCAGGCUGGUCAUCACCUCUAUCUCGAUAACCCAGACGAGUUCAACAAAUACAUCCGCGAGGAACAAGAAGAUACGAGACAACGAACGUUACAAGAGAAGUCUUUGUCGUAG